GAGGCAGAGUGUGUGCAGAUGUCGCAGCAAUCAGAAAAUCUUGUGGAUGCCUGGCUGAGUUUCUCGAUUGAGUCGACGCUGAUGAGGAAUCCGUCGGCUGUCGGUGUAAUGAUUUCUCAGGUGCUCGAGAAUUUCCAUCGUCGGAGCGAUAGACGGCGUUGCAUUGUCGUUGCAUCAGGCUAUCGAUGUCAGAGCAGACCGUGUUUCCUGCAGCGAUCUGAUGUCCCUUGGGUGUGAAUCGCCUCAAUCUGCGUGGUUUUGUCGAGGGGAUUUCAGGAAGUGGGAAGCAAUGGCACUUGGGGAAUGAAUUUCAGUCCCGAUCGGAAAUGCAGAAAGCAACGAUGUGGAAUGGCAAGCCCCGGAACUCGUCAGGUGCAGGGUUUUGCAGGCCGUUGGAGUUUGUGGUCGCGACUGUGCUUGUAAUUAUCACGUAUUCUUGUACAAGAUUCGCUCUCGAGGUGCCAAAGCAGGCGUGCCGUUGCGACUUGAGCUCCCGAGACGUAUUGUCUAAAGAAAGUAGUGGCUGCGGCGAAGACCACAGGGAGGUCAAUUUUUUUUGGGGGGGGUUUAGAUGGCCAGAGCGUGGUUAUGGCUCACGACUCAAUUUGCAGAUUUACAUCUACGAUGUCGAUGAGAUUGACGGAUUGCGUGAACUUCUCAGUGGCAGAGAUCAUUCAAUUGCAUCCUCAGCUUGUGUGAGGGGCCAAUGGGGGACUCAGGUGAAGAUCCACAAAUUGCUGAUGAAAUCAAGGUACCGGACAUUGGACAAAAGCCGGGCUAAUUUUUUCUUCGUUCCUGUAUACGUGAAAUGUGUACGAAUAUUUGGGGGUUUGAACGAGAAAGAAGUCAAUGAGCACUUUCUUAAGAUUCUUAGGCAAAUGCCUUACUUCCAUCGCUCAGGUGGCCGGGACCAUAUAUUUGUGUUUCCAAGCGGAGCAGGAGCGCAUUUAGUGAAAGGCUGGCCUAAUUUUCUCAAUAGAUCCAUAUUUCUCACUCCAGAGGGUGAUAGGACAGACAAGAAGGCCUUCAGCUCAUUCAACACAUGGAAGGAUAUUAUCAUACCUGGAAAUGUUGACAUCAUAAACCAUCCUUCAAAUUCAGCCACGUCUCCUUUACCAUUGUCGAAGCGGAAGUAUGUGGCCAAUUACUUGGGACGAGCGCAGGGCAAGAAGGGCCGGCUCCAGCUCAUUGAGCUCGCCAAGCAGUUUCCUGCUGAGUUGGAUGCACCUGAGCUGGCGUUUCAAGGUUCAGCAAAACUGGGACGGAUUGAGUACUACAAUCGCCUUCGAAAUGCCAAGUUCUGCCUAGCUCCGCGCGGUGAAUCCUCGUGGACUCUCCGCUUUUACGAAGCCUUUUUCGUGGAAUGUGUUCCGGUGAUAUUGUCGGAUGAGAUUGAGCUGCCAUAUCAGAAUGUGCUCGACUAUAGUGGUUUUUCCAUAAAGUGGCCUAGCAGCCGCACAAAUGAGGAGCUUCUUAGAUAUCUCCGUUCCAUUCCUGAGUUUGAGAUUGAGCGUAUGCUGGUGCUUGGCCGCAAUAUUCGAUGUUUAUUCACUUAUGCCCCUGAUAGUGAAGGAUGCACUGCAAUGACCGGCAUCCUCUGGGAACUCCAAAGGAAAGUUCGAGCAUUUCAUCAAUAUCAUCACACUUUCUGGCUGCAUAAUGCUUCUAUUGUAAACCGAGACCUUGCGAAGUUUCACGAGUGGUCGCCACCGUUUCCUGUGCCAUAUUCGAACGAAUUGAAGAUGACUUUAAACAACUAGCAGGUAAUAGUAAUGUGCUAAAACAUGGUAAUGUCGGACACAUAAAUGCUGAGGUGUUGGUGGUUGAUAUAGCAAUACUUUACCUUUAAUGUACUUGAUUUAUACAGAGGAUCUAGUCCAACUAGAAUCAGGAACUGAUCGAAAGAAAAUUGAUCGUCCAUUGAUUUUAGUCGAGCUUGCAGAAUAGGCACAGAAACAUCCACAAGUUGUCACAACUUUCUCAAUUGGCGAACAUGUUAUGUAGCUUUUGAUAAAAGUACAACAUUAAAUAUAAUACAUAUCCCUCUUCUACGCAGGUUUUACAGUUCAA